GCGUCAUUUGCGACUAUGGUGAGCAGGCGGGCGGGCGGCCCACCUGGCGCCAUGUGAGAUUCCAACCGAAACCACCCUCGCAGCAUGUACGGGGGCGCCACCCCCAGCCGCCUGCUGCUGCUGCUAUUCCUGGAGGCGGCCCUUCUACGGCCCCCGGCCGCCCUCGCCCUUGGAAAUAUCGGCUGCCUCUUCAGCUCAGAUUUGUGCGCCGAGGAGUUCGAGUGGUGUUUCGAUGACUAUGCAUUCGGCCGGUGUCUUCCACUGUACGGCCACGUGUCGGAGGAAUUCCUGCACCGGCGCGAACUCGGGCCCGUCGAGCUGCAAAUCCUCGAGGCGCAGAUGUCUCGACUCUUCGAGGCCGGUUUCCGCUGGAGUCACGCGUACACGCAGUGCGUCAUGCAAGCGUCGUUGCGCACUCUUCAGCUUGGAGAGGAGCUGGACGAGGACGCGGACCCUGACGAGUGCGUGCCACUGGCCGACCUGGCGCUGCAAGUAACUCCGCGCCAAAACGAAGGCAAAACGGACGGAGCAAUAGACGCCAAAGACGUCGCCUUCGUCCGUUUUGUGCCCAGCGCCAAAAACCCACACCCCGACUUUGCCGACGAGCUCUACUUUCCACCUCUUGAGCAGCGUUCCGCCUCCAACGAUGUAGAAGCAUUUGCGUAUGAGAAAAAAUCUGAGAAGCCAGAACCAUUCCACUUUUCCCGUCACCUGGGUCUCCAAGUUGGAAACGACAAUAGCAACCCCUCGGUGAUGGACGUCGAGCAGGAGGAGCAACUUCUAGCCGCUUCACAACCUGCCUACACUGAAGGUGGUCUAGUUUACCUGCCUCAGGGCGAGGAAAACAAGAGGAAGAGCUCGUUGGACGCCAAGGCUUCGCGUUUGUCGGCAAUUCUGGCGCAGUACGGAGAUCUGGACUGGGGCUUCAAGCGGAGGGAACGAUUGGACGUGAAAAAACCAGGGCCGCCUUUCCACACAAACAGCUAUGCUUACGACACAACCAAUGAAAUCCCCUCGAACGAUAAGGAAGAGGAGAAAAUGCAGUCCGACCAGCCCAGCAGUAAAAAAUUGCAGCUCACGAGGGAAGUAAUGGAGAAACAUGUGUCGGCGGACACCAAUGAAAUCCCGCAGAGCAAGACGCGGCGCCGACCUCCGCCACCCCCGCAACCCCCACUACCACCCCCAGGAGAGGAUGACCUGUCGCAUUUGGAUUUGGUUGACCCCAGCUACGCAUUUGUUGGAUUUAAGAACAGGGUGAGCAGUUGGAAACAGGGCGCUGAUGUGGUAAACGCGAUCGCUGAUUUGCUACAUCUGGAUCGUAGUGAUUUGAGCAACGUCAGGGUAGACGUGAAUGAAGUCACCUUUAAGGUGGAGGAACCUAAUGAGCAGGGAUUGAACGCGAGUGAGGUGGCGCGCAGGGUUGACAGUCUCAAGCAGCAAUUGAAGGAUCUGAUCGGAGUGGAAGUGUCCUCGUCAGGAAUUGGUGACAAGCAGAACAAGCUGCCAAACGUGACCGGUUUGGGCGCAGGAGCGGAGACGGAGCGGCAGAUUCUGAUUUUGGGGCUUCUGGUGAGCGGCGUGCUGUUCGCGGGCGCCGUCGCCGCCGGCGUGUUGGUCCUGCUGGGCCGGCACGCCAAGACCAGGGCCAAGUUGCAGCAGCUCAACAACCCCGACCAGGCCAGCAAGGACUACCAGGACCUGUGUCGCGCUCGCAUGGCCACCAAGUCGGAAAAAGGCGAAAUUUGCGGUUCGCACCGCGUCGUCAGUUUGACCAAGGAGGGCGACGGCAACAACAGUCCCAACAGCAACCGCAGUAGCACCUCGUCAUGGAGUGAGGAACCAGCUUUGACUAAUAUGGACAUCUCGACUGGACACAUGGUGCUGUCAUACAUGGAGGACCAUUUGCACAACAAGGGACGUUUGGACCAGGAGUGGGCAGCUCUUUGCGCGUACGAGGCAGAGCCUAACGAGACCACCGUUGCUACAAAGCAAGAAAACAAGGCAAGGAACAGGUAUGAGAAUGCACUGCCAUAUGAUCACGCGAGAGUGGUGCUUAAUGAACUGGCCAAUGCCAACGGCUCCGACUACAUCAACGCCUCUUCCAUCACUGAUCACGAUCCACGCAACCCUGCAUACAUUGCAACGCAAGGGCCGCUGGAAACAACCGUGGCCGACUUUUGGCAAAUGGUUUGGGAGCAGGGCAGCGUCGUCAUGGUCAUGCUGACCAGACUGAACGAGAAUGGCGCCGUCAUGUGCCACCGCUACUGGCCCGAGGAGGGUUCCGGCCUCUACCACAUCUACGAGGUGCAUCUGGUUAGUGAGCAUGUGUGGUGCGACGAUUACCUGGUCAGAAGUUUCUACCUGAAGAACGUCAAGACUGGAGAGACAAGGACGGUCACGCAGUUCCACUUUUUGUCCUGGCCCGAAGGCGCAGUGCCGCAUUCAAUCAAGGCGCUGCUUGAGUUUAGAAGGAAGGUGAACAAAUCUUACCGGGGUCGCUCGUGUCCCAUCGUGGUGCACUGCAGCGACGGCGCCGGUCGGACGGGCACCUACUGCCUGCUGGACAUGGUGCUGAACCGGAUGUCCAAGGGCGCCAAGGAGAUUGACAUCGCGGCCACGCUGGAGCACAUCCGCGACCAACGGUGCGGCAUGGUGCGUUCGAAAGCGCAGUUCGAACUGGUGUUGAUGGCCGUGGCUGAGGAGGUGCACGCCAUCCUCAAGGCCCUGCCCCAGUAGAAAAGAGAGAAAAAUUUAAUGACGACCCGGCGACCCCACGGGGCGCCGUCGCCCCGCGGCCCCGCCCGGCGGGGCCUCCGGGCCGCGGCGCCGCACGAGCUGACGGUUCUCGACACAAACUCGCGACGCCGUUUUGAUUUUUUCCCACUCAGAUUUGCAUAUUCGAAGGAAUAAUACAAAAGAAGGUUAACGUGUAGCGAAUCCAUCAUCAUUAAAAUACAAACUACACACACUCUUGUGUUUUGCGUUCUAGUCAGUCUCAGAUUAAAAAAAAAGAAGGAAAUACAGAUAAAUAUAUUAUAUGAAUAUACUAUUGGAUAUUUAACGUAUGAUACGUGUUAAUAUACGCAGAAAUAUUUUAGACUUAGAAUUGAAGGAGAAAUAAAAUCUAUAUAUUUCCGGCCGAUGGUGACUUUUGUGCCGGGCACUCUGGGGGUAUUUGAACCCCAGCCUCUCAAAUACCUCCAGCAUUGUCCACAGACUGACGUCACCACCGGCUCAGAGCCGCCCUUUGGCGCCCUUUCCUCCCUUCCAGUUUCAUUUUCCCGGCUAUUAGUGAAAAAAGCAGUUUCUCCAAACUUCUUUUAUUUAUUUUCUUAUAUAUUUUUAUAUGAAGACAAAAAAAACCAGGAAAAGAAAUUCAUCUGAAUUGGACGUGUUUGAUAUUGACUUGCAGAUUUCCACAUUUUUAUUUUUAAUUGAUAGUUUGCUAACAAAAUGCUUUUACUAAAAAAGCUCAGGUCUCACCACUUUAUUAUCUCCUGACCUGUAGAAGAAGAAGUGAAACGUGUCAAUUGAUCAGACUUACUGUGGCUAUUCCUCUUUUUCCAUUCAAAUUAACCGCAAUCGAAAUUUUGAUUAGCUGCACGUUUUUGAUCAUUAGUAUAAAUAUAUUAUAUUACUCUCUACGUCGAUGUUAUUAUACCCAUUAUUAAUGCUGUGCGAAAUAGUUAUUCAUGUUGUUACAUUAUAUAUCCAAGCUAUUUUUGUGUGUAUGUGUUGAAAGCGCGGAAAGCAGGCCUACGUCUACAAAACCAAUAACACGAGAGCACGCUUCGAUUUGCACUCAUCUCUUUGUCUCUUCUCUCUAAUUAAUUAAAUUCUCUUCUCUUUGGGAAAAGUAGACGAAACCGACGAAUUUUUCCUUGUGUCCCUCACCAAACAUUCUUGCAUCCGUUCGUCAAUUCAUUUUGAAGAAACACACCUUGUCCACAUCAAAAUAAAAUAGCGACACAAUAUGAGCGCAAGUUGUACUUAAGGCCAAUAAAGUUAAAUUUCAGUGGAAGCAAC